UCCUUCCACCGCCCCCUUCCAACCUAAGCUAGAGCCAGUGGGCCUCCGGCCUAACAGAGCUUUUGCCAUGGCCCUCAGCGAUGCUGACGUGCAAAAGCAGAUUAAGCAUAUGAUGGCUUUUAAACAAGAAGCCAAUGAGAAAGCAGAGGAAAUAGAUGCGAAGGGAGAGGAAGAGUUCAACGUCGAGAAAGGUUGUCUUGUGCAAACCCAAAGACUGAAGAUUAUGGAAUACUAUGAGAAGAAAGAAAAGCAGAUUGAGCAGCAGAAGAAAAUUCAGAUGUCUAAUUUGAUGAAUCAAGCAAGGCUCAGAGUCCUCAGAGCAAGAGAUGACCUUAUUACAGAGCUACUAAAUGAAGCAAAACAGAGACUCAGCAAAGUGGUAAAAGAUACAACCAGGUACCAGAUGCUGCUGGAUGGACUGGUCCUUCAGGGUUUGUACCAAUUGUUAGAGCCCCGAAUGAUUGUUCAUUGCAGGAAGCAGGAUUUCCCUCUGGUAAAGGCUGCAGUGCAAAAAGCAAAUCCUAUGUACAAAAUUGCCACCAAAAAAGAUGUUGAUGUCCAAAUUGAUCAGGAGGCCUACCUGCCUGAGGAAAUAGCUGGUGGAGUUGAGAUGUAUAAUGGGGAUUGUAAAAUAAAAGUUUCCAAUACCCUAGAAAGCCGGCUGGAUCUCAUAGCCCAGCAGAUGUUGCCAGAAGUACGGGGAGCCUUAUUUGGUGCAAAUGCCAACAGGAAGUUUUUGGACUAAACCUUUGGGCAAGGUGGAGUUCAUCCACUGCUCACCUGCUGUCAUGCGGAAGUUUCUGAUAUUUGAAGAAACAAGAUAUCUGUGUGGCUUCCCCUUCGCUCUUCUAAUAUUCUGCAUUUAUCAGUGGAUCCUCUCUGUAGCUAAUGCCCGUGGCCUAAUUGUUAACAUGAGAGAAAGUUUCACUUACUAUGAUCAGGAAACGUCCUUCUUAGCUUAUCUGAAAGUAGCACAACUUUCAUUUGCUUCUGUAGCAUGAAGGUGAGGGUAUCAGAUGGUGGUUACUGGAGCUUCCCCGAGUCUCUGCUCUUCCUCUCGUCUUUUGCUGUCAGUUCUCGAGUCUAGAGGGUGAUGUGUAUGGUGUUCUCUGACAUUCAGUCUCUGCACUUUAGGCUUCAGAUGCAUGGGGAGCAUGCAUUCCUGCCAGCACUGGUAGCUUCACUGUUAACCUGUCUGGGCCUAGAAGCAUUUCUCAUCUGUAAAUGUGAUUUUAAAUCUAAGCCAUGAAUCGGUCUUAUUUAUUAAAACAAAAGGUUUACAUGGAAAAAAAAA